AUGUUUAAGUUAAACUUCAAAUCAGGCAUAAGAGGAACAUACAACGUUCUGGACAACCCGUCCUUUGUUGCCGAACCAUGGUCCAUCUACCCUGGUAAACACAGAUCCAACGGGAAGCUUGUGUCUGUGUUCAUUUUCGAUAAGACCAAGUUUGAGCUGCAAGUGAAUCGAUUAUGUUCCACCUCUUCCGCAGCCAAGAACCCCAAAACCAUAAUCAGCGAAUGCUAUGAACUCAUCAAGUUUGAAGUGAAUCAAUUAAGUAAAUUAAAGCACCCGCAAAUCUUGACGAUUUUUGAAGUGUUGGAAGAAACAAAGACAAAAUUCUUGUUUGCCAGUGAACCAGUGGUGGAUAAUUUACAAACAAUCAGUCACAACAACUUGGACGACUUGUCUAUUCAAAAGGGUUUGUUGCAGAUUGCCAAGGGGUUGCACUUUUUGCAUUCAUAUUGUUCAAUCAUUCAUUUGAAUUUACAACCAGAAUCCGUGUUUGUUAACAGUCAAGGAGAUUGGAAGCUUGGCGGGUUUAGAUUCUUGCAAAACCUAAAUGAAAUAUCUCCUCUGGAAAGAGAAAACUUUUACAUUAUGAAUAGCUCAUUUGUUCCAUUUGCCAAUUUGAACUUGAACUUUACUGCGCCAGAAUUAAUCAUCGAUUCCCAUACAAAUUUAUCAUUUGCCAAUGAUAUUUGGUCAUUUGGUAAUUUGAUCUAUUACUUGUACAAUGAUCAUGAUUUGUUGAUCAAUUGUUUUGAUUUGAACAGUAUUUCUGAUUACAAGCAAGAAUUUAGAAAGUUUGAAAUGAAAUUCUAUAAUCACAAACCGUCAGAAUUGAAAUACAUGUUGAAGAAUAUCCCCGAAAAAUUAUACCCAAUCUUUCCUCAAUUAUUGGCAAGAUACCCCAAUGAUAGACUCACAUUGGAACACUUUAUUGAAUGUGAGUUUUUCAAUGGUAGUAUCAUCAAAGCCAUGUGGUUCAUUGACGAGUUUUCCACCAAGUCAAUUGACGAGAAAUUGAUGUUUAUGGAAGGGUUAUUAGUGGUUGAUCCAUCCACAAACACCAACUUGAUUUCCCAAUUCCCCGCACCAUUCAAAUCCCUGAAGUUGUUGCCAUUAUUAGUGGAGGUUCUCGUGAAUGAGUUUAACGUGUUGAAUGAAAAUUCCUUGCUUGACAAUAAAACUAAUAAACUUGUAUGUUAUUCUCUUGAAAUCAUUUUGGAUAUUUCGCAAUCGUUAUCACAAUUGACAUUCCAAGAUAAAGUAUUUGAUAGUUUAUUCAAGGACGAUACCAAGAAAAAUGCCAACAAGAUUUUAACGAAAAUGUUGACAUCUUCAGUUAGAGUUAGAUUAACUUUGGUUGAAAAUUUAGCCAAGAUUCAAGAGAAGACAAAUGAUAAACAAUUUAUUGACUUAAUUAAGAAAAUGUUGGAUUUAGUAUUGACUUCAUCACCUAAAGAAUUAGAAGCGGAAAAGGAAACUCAAAUUAAACUUCAAGAUUCCUUUUUGCAAUUUUUACCCAAAGUUGUGGAAAGAAUAGAAUUCCCAUACAUUAAAAACACCUUGUUUCCCUUAUUAUGUCAUGUUUUUAAAACAACCACGAUUUUAUCCACAAAAUUAAUCACGAUAGAAACGUUUGAAAUUUUGGUAGAAAAGAAGAUUAUCGAUAAAAUUAUCAUUACUGAGCAAUUAUUCCCAGUAUUAAAGAAUUUGAAAUCCAGAGAUAAGAGAGUGGUCGGCACUGUAUUAAACUUCUUUUUGAGGUUAUCUAAAAGUUCCCAUGUUUCGCUAGAGUUAGAAUCCAUGGUUGAUUCAGUGUUACCACAAUGUUUAUCCCUUGCAUUUGGAUGUAAUGAUUGCACUCAACUGGAAUUCAGAAAGUUUAUGUCGGUAACCAAUGACAUUCAAAAGGAGUUGGUUGAAAGGAAAUUGAGUUCUUUACCUACGGCUGCAGCUUCCGUUAGUAGCACAUUCAAUGGGAAUGCUAAUACUGGACGACCUACUACGUUUGAAUCAUUGUUGAAAACUCAGACCAUUGGGGAUACACCAAAGGAAUUACCAGGUCCACAAUCCAAGACAAUAAUGCAACCAAGAAGAUCAGGACAGCAUUCUCCUAUAAACUCAUUCAAACCAUUACAUGGAGCAACACAGCAACAGCAAUCACCAGCAAGUUCUUUCCAACCAUUACAUACAAGUAACACAGUGCAACUGCAUUCACCCAUCAGUUCAUUCAAGCCAUUACAGGCGUCCCCUGGAAGUUCGUUCAAAUCAAGAGAAGCUUCCCCUGCAAGUUCAUACAAACCCAUGCAACAUUCUCCUGCAAGUUCAUUCAAACCAAUACAACCUAGUAGGAAGCAACAAACAUCAUCCCCAACAUUAACUUUUGGAGCUACUACUAGCACUAACAACCCUUCCAAUACGAGAUUAUUAAACACUUUACAAAGUACAUUUGAUAGAAGAAAAAAUCCCGAUGAUGAAUUUGAUGAUUUUCAGCUGGCAAACACUGGCGGAGGAUUACCUAUGAAACAAAUGAAUGACCGUAACAACCACGUCAACAAAUCAUUGCCAACCCCGCCGGUUUCCACACCAAGUGUGAAUUAUCCUCCUGGGUUUAAUUCCAAUAUGAUUUUGGCACCCAAAGUAUCCUCUUCUGGUGCGGCGCAUGGAACCCAAACGAAAAAAAUCAAUUCCGAUUUAUCGGACUUCUUAUAA